UGACAUUGACAUUGCGAUAUUUAGAGUGAGACGUCCAAAGUCUUGACUUCACUUUGUUAUGGUUGGUGAGACGUGAAGAAGGGGGCAAGAACUGUGUACAAAGUUAGACUACUCUUAACAUACUUGCAGCUUAAUUAAAGCAACCUUUUUUUUCAACUUUUCAUACUGGAUUAUUCCCAUGCUGGAUUGAGUCGAAUCUUAACUGUUAUUGGAUUAUUUGGGAUUGUGCAGAAUAAAAUAAUAAAAAUCCAGUUUAUAUUUAUAUUCAUAGAAACAAGAGUUUCAGGCCAUGCCUCAUAAUAAGCCAGCUAUUCCCCUUGGGGGUUUGAACCAGGCCAAGCUUGCCGAGGAGCAGCAUCAAGAGAUCAAGGCCUAUGAUAAGAACCGAGAUAUCCAAGUGGUCCUGGGUGUUACCAUAGCUAUAGUGUCAGCCUUGGCAGCCUUAGCAGGUUUCAUCGCUGUCUACGCUGGAGGGUUUCUGGAGACAUACCGCAAGGAUGUCAGCUCCGUCUGGCUGACAGUAAUACCAUUUUGUUUCCCUGUCAUCACUGGUAUUGGAGUAGCUUACAGAAGACAAAUGUCCAGUAUUGGCGUCCACUUCGUCUUGCUGCUGGCCACCAUGGUGGCAGGAUGUAUUGGUUACGGCUUCGCUAUAGAGCCAGUCUUCAUCAACAGAUUUAACUGCACAAAAGUUGAUCUGUCGCACGGAGAAUGUCACAGAGAGACUAUAGUCCACCUGUGGAUAGUAUCAGGAGGAGUGGCAAUCGGACUCAGUGCAAUUGGAGUGUUGCUGUCGAUGUUGGCAUGUUCCUGUGCUGUGAAACGCCGUGCCCAGAAGACUGAAGAGAAGCUACGUGAGGAGGAGAGAAAGUUUAAAGAGCAACAAGAGCAAAAGAAAAACGCCUUCAAGCCCACCUCGGCGCCAAUCAGCAGGAACGUGACCAAGAGCACCCUCAAGACAGUCCCCAGUCAACCCCAGAAAGUCUCCGAACUAGAGAUCUCGUCCACGAAUUUGAAUGGGAUCUAUAUCAAUGUGAUAAGUGACAGUACCGACACGCGCUUAUAGCGUUGGCCAGAUCAUUGUAGCAAAAGUUUGUACAUUGCCAGGAUGGAUGACAGACCAAAAAAAAUACUGCAUUUUUGUUUAAAAGUAUAUACAUUUUUAUCUUGAAUUUUAGGUAUUGCCAUCAAAGAGUUGUGAUUAGUUAGUGCAUUAAAUAUUUGUUAUUUGUCAUGCUGUAGCAAAUUGUUUACAUGUUUACUAUCAAGUCAGAAACAUUUUACAUAAUUAAACAAAAAACCUGCACAUGGAAUUCUAUUUACAUAGCACAGGAAAAUGACACAUUUUUACCAGUGUCUAUAUCAUCCCUCUUAUUAAAUGUGAAUGUUGGUUAUAUGCUUAUUUUCAAAUUGACAUCCAAAGAUCAACUGCGGAUGCUAUCAAAGCCCAGCCUUAGAUAGUUUAGUAGUUGUUUUUUUUACAGUAUACAAUAUAAUAUGUAUACUAUCUACUUUUUUUUAUUUGCAUGUUAUAAAAGCAUUUCAAAUAUAGUAUUAAAGCAGCUUAAUGAAACUUGCAUAAAAAGACAUAUUGUCACCAAUAUAAGGUUCGUUUUAAAAAGAUCUAGUAUAUUUGAACAAAUUUAAAGUUUCAUCAAUACAGUCAAUAGGUUUUCUGUUUAAAAUGUAAAAUCGUGUUCAUCAGAAAUCCAUAAAAAAUAUUUUACAACAAAAUAUUGAGAAAGUCUGGUUGAAAGAGUGCAUGAUAGUGAGACUGUCAAAUAGUUGCCUAAACCUCAAUGUAAAUAAUAUUUUAAGCCUUGUUCUUUCUAAGUUGCUAUUAUCCAAAACGUUUAUUUUAUACUAUUUGCAUUUAACUUUGCAUUUAAUUCAGAUUUUUACUCUUGAAGUACUGAUUGUAUAAGAAAUAAGCUUUUUUUUUUAAUGCCAGGGAGUCAGCUUUGGUACGUAGAACUUUCUAAAACUAUAUGGAAUGAUCUAUGUAUAAGAUAUUUGGUCUGACCAUCAUUUUAGUUUUUUUUUUCUUCUUUUAUGUACAUUUUUUUUACCUUCCAUAUCUUCAUUUUAUUAUGUGUUUAUGUUAAACCAUUCAAAAAUAAAUUUUGUUUCGUGAA